AUGGAUGCGGAUCAGCUGGAAAAUUCAACCCUUUGGUGGCACGGACCAGACUGGCUGGCGCAACCAUCAGAGGAAUGGCCGAACACUCAUCAACCUCGACAGGAAGAAUUCACCACGGACGAAUUGGAGGAGCGACCAAUCUGCAUGGCUGCACAAUCCGUGGCUCCGAACGAACUUUUUAGCCUCCGUUCAACGUUCACCGGACUGCAACGUCUGGUUGCGUGGCUAAGAAGAUUCCGACACAACACAAAUCCUGCUAAUCAUCAACAACGCAGACUGGAUCAUCAUCUCAGCUUGGAGGAACUAGCCGAAUCUACACUGUGUCUAGUUCGCCUCGCUCAAGCUGAAUCAUUCCCAGAAAACAUCAAACAUCUAUCGAAAGGCGAUUCGGUCGGCAACAACUCACCUUUAAAACUACUAGCACCGUUUCUACAAGAUGGCCUGCUACGAGUGGGCGGAAGAUUGCGACAUGCACCAAUCCCGUUCGACCGAAAGCAUCCGUACAUCUUACCCGCCAACCAUCCGCUGACGAAUCAGAUUGCAACCCUGUAUCAUCGGACCUAUCAACAUGCGAAUCCACAACUACUGAUAGCGAACAUGCGAGAACGAUUUUGGCCACUGCGAGCAAAAACCUGGCCAGAAGAAUCGUCCACUCCUGCUACAAAUGCUACCGUUGCCGCCCCACACCUGCGCAGCAACUCAUGGGCGACCUCCAGCAGAGAGAGUUACACCAACGUCAACUUUCUUACACACCGGAGUCGACUUGUGUGGACCGAUACACUAUCGACAUACAUCUCGGAAGGCGCAACUCAUCAAGGGCUACGUAGCGAUAUUCGUCUGUAUGGCAGUGAAGGCUGUACACAUCGAUUUGAAAUUGCCUCCUUGUCCAAGCAAUUCAACCACCAGUGGCAAACAUCAGUGAUUAAGUCCUGCAUCGACGAUGGCAUCCAGUUCAAGUUCAUCCCACCUCGCUCACCCAACUUUGGAGGUCUUUGGGAGGCGGCAGUGAAGUCUUUCAAAAGACACUUCAAGCCAACCGUUGGGAACGCCAUCCUCACGAGCGACGAACUCAACACGCUACUGAUCCAGAUUGAAGGAUGCCUCAACUCUAGACCACUUACACCACUCUCCAAUGACCCAUCUGAUCUGGAAGUGCUGACCCCAGGUCACUUCCUCAUUCAUCGCCCCAUCGUAUCCCUGGCCGAACCAUCGCUGGAAAAGCUGCCGUUCAACCGUCUCGAUCGCUGGCAAAAGGUGCAAGAGUUUGUCCGUCGACUAUGGAACGCUGGUCAACAGACUACUUGUCCGGACUACAGCAGAGAACCAAGUGGACCAAGCAGAAGGACAACGUGA